AUGGGUCUAGAGAAAACUGAGGUGGGUGAGAAGAGGAAGUUCAAGGGAUCUUCGAGAUCCAACAAGAAAAGUAAAUCCUCAAAGUCUGGUUUAAGAGGAGGAGGAGGCGAAGCAAAAUGGUGUGAAAAGUGCAAAAAGAAACAUCAUGGUAAAUGUGAUGGGGAGGUCACUUGUUUUAAAUGUGGAAAGCCUGGGCACUAUGCCAACGAGUGCAUGUCCAACAAGAAAGUUUGUUAUGGUUGUAAUGAGGAAUGGUACCUUUUGAGGGACUUCCCGGAGAAGAAGGAGGCAACAAGGCCUAAUAUCCCACCAAAGCCAAAAGUCAGAGCUUUCCAGAUGACACUCGAAGCCGCGAAGGAAGCAGCAGAUGUCGCUUCAGUAGCUUUCUUGUAA